AUGGAGUCGCCGAAAGAUUUGCCAAACCUACCUCGUCUAGACAUACCGCCGUCAACAGGCCCAAAGCCCGUUCUCGUCUCUUCGCCAACGGGCACGCUUCGAUCGCGAGAAAGCCUCUUCAAAAUAUGGUCGCCAACAGAUGGGGAUAUUAUCAUGGAGUUACCGAAACCCUCGUUUGGGGCGUCUGGGAAGGGCUUUAAAGGUGUGCGCCCGCCACGACCGAUAUCUAAGGAUCCGCCGAGGCCCAUGACAGCUUCUACCAAAAGACUAUCGUUCUCUAGUAUCGCAUCGAAAAGGACUAUCAAGUACGGUAAUGGCAAGUACUCAGGUGUUGAGCUGGCACCGCAACCGAGUGACGACUCUGAAGAUCCGCUGAACUGGCCAACAUGGAGGAAGAACCUGAACUUCUUCUCACUGAUCUACAUGGUCAGCCUUGUAGGGGUAAUGAAGACAAUUUACAUCUCAGUAAACAGUAAUAUCGCAAUGCGCAAUGGAGUGUCGUACACGGCGGCGGUCGCCUUAACUGCCGUGCCCCUGAUGGUCUCGUCACUGACUGGCAUGGCAAGCCAAGUUGUCUCCAAGGUGGUUGGCAAAAGGCCAGUGUAUCUGGUAUCGACGUCGUUCAUGUUUGUGGGAGUGAUGUGGGGCAUGAGUGUGCUCGACAGCUACGGACAGAACAUGGCCGCGAGGGUAUUCCAGGGACUUGGCUGGGGAGCGUUCGACACGUUGGUGCUGGGUUCCUUACAGGAUACGUUCUUUGACCACGAGUUGAAUCCUCGUGUCAUGGUGCACAAUGCUGUCUCUGUGGCGACGACCUGGGGCGCACCUCUUCUCGGAGGUGUGGCAUCCUUGAGUCCUCUAGGCUUCGGACUUCAGUUUGAAAUCUUGAGCUGCUUCUUCUCUGUUGGGGUCUUGCUCAUCGUCUUCGGUGUUCCGGAGACUACUUUUGAUAGAGCUUCGUUCUCGGUGGCUGAGACCACCGCUGGUCCAAGUCGUCCCAAUUGGCCGCAUGACAGCUUCUCGAAAGUGGCUGCGAAAGACUACCUCCAGCGAAUGAAGCCGUGGUCCUACAUGGCGUCGGCCAUUGAUAGCACACUCCUCCUCCAGGCACCUCGGGCUGUUAUCGCGCCGACAACGAUGCUCUUGUGCCUUGUCUCCCUGCUGCCCUAUGCCACUCUUUGGGGUUAUGCUAGCUCACUAUCGCUCUUGUUCUCCGUCAUGCCGUUCAUGCUAUCGACCUCUAAUAUGGGAGCUCUGCUUGCAGGCCCUUUUCUCUUGGCGUCGGCAGUAGCAGUGGCUCUUUCAAUGUCUGCAUUCGCCAAACGCUUCACACCAACGGUACAUGUCGCCACACUGGCUGCAGCUACUACUGUUGCUUCCAUCGGUACAUUGGGAUUCGGCUUGUAUAUCCAAGGCUGUAUGACCAUGCCUACGAGCGGUGCGGAAGGGACCAUGUGGGAGCUCAAUUUCAUUGGAGCAAAGCUGAGCUUCCCUGUGGUGUCGUUCUUGCUUGGCUCGCUAGCAGCAGGCUCGGCGGCCUUUGACGCGACUGUAAGUCCCAUGAUUCAAAGAUCGACCACAUUCACCUCUGCGAAUCUCUCAAUAUGCCUCCGCAACACAGCCCACAUGAACGCAGGCUUCACCUCUCUGCGGAACUUCGUGGCGGGCGCGUUCAUCCUCGCCAUCCCUAACGCAGUUUGGAUGUGGGACGGUCUCAAGUCCGCAGCCAUUGGACUGGGCAUGGCGCAGAUCUUCGUCGCCGCCGCGGUGACUUAUGUGUGGUGGAGGUGGGAGGAGAAUGUACGGCGCUUGGAUGGGAGACUCAUGGGGUUGGUGGACUUGUCCGUCCUGAAGCAACAGGCAAGCUUCUUUGAUACCAGCUAG